AUGUCCAGCAACACCAUAAGCGCAGCCCCUGCAGCCGCGAACCUGGCCACCGUCGAAGGCUCGGGACACAUCGUUCCCCAAGAUGCCCCCGAUGACAACGCGUCGGAGCUUAGGGAGAGCAUCGCUUCAUCAAGCACGAGUAUCGCCUCCUCCAUUCUUGAUUAUCGAAUCGAAAAUGGUCGAACGUACCACAAGUACAAAGACGGCCACUGGGUGAGUCCCUCUGUUCAACUGGCCUCAACUAAGCUGAUAAGCAAGCCAUAUUUGCAACACAACCUUUUCCUUCUGACCUUGGAUAACAAGCUGGGUCUCGCACCUCCGAACGCCCCCGACUCAAAGGUGAAGAGGGUCCUUGAUGUCGGCACUGGCACUGGAAUCUGGGCAGUUGACUUUGGGGAGGAACACCCUGAAGCUGAAGUCCUCGGCAUUGAUCUCUCUCCGUCUAUGCCACAGUUCAUCCCUCCUAAUGUCAAGUUCGAGAUUGAUGACCUAGAAGAGCCUUGGGUCUACUCGAAGCCGUUCGAUUAUAUCCACACAAGGGCGAUGAACUCCUCAAUCAUUGAUUGGAAAGUCUACAUCAAAAAGUGCUUUGACAACCUCAAAUCGGGAGGUUUUCUAGAGCUGCAGGAGUACGACGUGUUCGUCAAGUCCGACGAUGGUACCUUGAAGCCGGAACAUGCUGUCUCCAGAUGUGUCGACCUGAUAUACGAUGCAUCCAUCAAGUUUGGAAGGCCCUACCAGCACAUCGAACCGCUUGCAGAGAUGAUGAGAGAGGUCGGAUUCGUUGAUGUUGCAAUCCAGAGCGACAAAUGGCCCUUGAACGCAUGGGCUAGGGACUCUAAGUAUAAGGAAUUGGGCAUGUGGAACCACGAGAAUAUGUCCUCUGGUGUUGAGGGCUUCACCAUGGCCGCUUUUACUCGCAUACACAACUGGACGAAGGAAGAAGUGCAGGCCUUCCUGAUUGAUGUCCGGAAGGACCUGAAAGACAGUUACAAUAUUCACGGAAGAAAGCCAGAGGCAUAA